AUGUCUUUUACUCUAAGUAAUCUAUCUAUCUAUCUAUCUAUCUAUCUAUCUAUCUAUCUAAGUCUGUUCUUAUCUGUCUGCCUGUCUAUUGCUCUAUCUUUAUUAUUAUUUUACGUUCUCCUCUCACCACUUUAUUUUUUUUCACCAAUUGUAUUCAUAUUCUCUCCUGCUAAAUCUCUGUUCCUCCGUCGAAUCAGCGCAAACACCAUACCAUCAAACGGUAUCUUGUACUUCCCCUUUUUCCAACUCUCUAUGUUACUGCUUGCCUGGAUUCAUUAUACCUGUCAGGAGUCAUACCCCUGUUGGCGUAGCUCUUUGGAGUUAUCUACCUCCCUCUUUCUCUCUCUUCAUCGUUUCCUCUCUCUCUCUCUCUCUUCAUCGUUUCCUCUCUCUCUCCCCCCCUCUCUCUUUAAACGUAUUUCUUCUUUCACACUUCUUACCCGUGAAAAUUUCUUUCCGUUGCUUGCUUCACUCUCUCUCGUUAUCUCUCUCUCUCUUUCUCUCUCUCUCUCUCUAACACACACACACACUCUACAUCUUUCUCUAUCUAUAUUAUUUUCUCUAUCAUGUACUUUCUCUCUUAUCUCUUAUCUCUCUCUCUCUCUCUCUCUAUAUAUAUAUAUAUAUAUAUAUAUAUAUAUAUAUAUAUAUAUGUUUCUUUUUCACACUAUCUUUUGUAUCUCUCUCUCCUUAUCAAUUUUAUUUCCCUCUAUCUUUAUUUCUCUACCUCUAUUUCCCCCUCUCUCUCUCUCUAACUUUCUAACAAUCAAUCUUUUUAUCUCUGUCUCAUUUUCCCACUGUCUUUUUCCUUUUGUCUCUCUCUCUCUCUCUCUCUCUCUCUCUCUCUCUAUCUAUCUAUCUAUCUAUCUAUCUUUCUUUGUUUUCUUGCCUUCUCGGGUAUGGCAGGCGCUAUGA